GAGAGAGAGAGAGAGAGAGAGAGAGAGAGAGGGAUGAAGAAUUUGUUUGGGUGUCCAUGGACGAUGAGUGGGCUGGUACUGAGAAUAGGACAGUGUAUAUUUGCUGCUGCUUCUAUUGGGGUCAUGGCCACUGCUUCUGGUUUCUCUACCACCUCUGCCUUCUGCUAUUUAAUUGCAUCAAUGGGGCUUCAGAUUUUGUGGAGUUUUGGACUUGCCUAUGUUGAGAUUCAUGCUUUGAGGUUAAAGAGCGACCUGACAGAUCAUGCAUUUCUCAGCCUGUUUAUACUUGUUGGCGAUUGGGUGACAGCUACUCUAUCAUUUGCAGCUGUGUGCUCGUCGGCUGGGGUAGUGAUUCUGUUUAUGAGGGACACAAAUAUUUGCAGAAUAGAGACCAGACUCUCCUGCUACAUGUUCCUAAUUUCCAUAGCUUUGGCUUUCGGUGCAUGGCUCCUCCUUGCCAUAUCUUCUCAUGUCAUGUUUUGGUUUUGUUGCCGUUAUUUGAAUGAUUAGUUAAGUACUAGUUCUCCCACAAAGAGAAGCUUUCGUCACCAGCAAAUAAGUGAGCCGAGGCAGAAAAGGAGUCUCAGGAAAGGCAAAAAAGUUGUGCUCAACUGAGGUUCGGCCUACUCUGAAACUCUCGCUUAUCAAACCACCAAUACACACACAACACAUUAUUCCCUCACAAUGUAAAUAUUGUUGUUUCUAAAGCAUAUUCUA